UUUAAACUUAUUUGGUUAAACUGAGAAGCGUAUGUAAAUUAAAUUAAGCCUCGACCCAUCUCCUAGAAUUGAGAAAUCCAUGUAAAUUAAUGUAAAUCUGGUGAUUAUAUUAGCUUUGAUUAUUAUUAUGAGGAUUUCUGAAUCUAAAAUACCAGUUAUCGCGGAAAGUAUUUUGAAACAAAUUGAAGCCCGCGUAAAAAAUACAAAUUCAAAUCAACUUUCAGAUGAAGAUUUGUUAGCUUUACAUUCCAUAUUCGGUGUAACGUUGCAAAGGUCGCUGGAAAUAUUAGAGAAGCACCCAAAGUUUAUAAUUUACACGAAUCCAAAAGGCCGAACAUUGAUCGAAGUUCAAGGGGACAACGGCCGCUGCUAUAGAGUGUUCCCGAAAAUAAACUUCUGUCCGUGUCUUGCUUUCAAAAACCUUGUUAUUGAACGGAAAACUGAGUCAGCAGUGUUCUGUGCUCUACCUGAAGGUUUGAAGUUAACAGUGGAGGAAGGCAAGUGUGUUCAAGCCUCAGCGUAUAUACCGGCUGACAACUUCACAGAAUACCAUGUUAGGGAUGAUGUAGAUGUCAUAUUUAAGAUCAGCUUAGCAGUUUUAGCAGAAUGCUUAAACAUAUUUGGCUCGGGUGAAGAGGCCAGCUUGAAAAUGUAUUACAAAUGUGAAGGAUCCCCGCUGUUACUUGUCUUACAGCCUCAGUCGUUUCGUAACGUCAUGACGGACUGCGAGAUAUGGAGCCAGACUCCAGAUUCGAUGCUGGAGCUUCGCAGUCCCGAGGAGACGGACGUGGCGAAGCUCGUGGUCCGCGCCGGAGCCCUACUUGCGGUACUCGGGGACGUCGAGAGGAGUGCCGAUGUCUUGGAGUUGAGGUUGCAGCCUGAACCGCCACACUUCACCAUCGUUACGUAUGGAAUGCAGGAUCGAUCCUGUAUCGAAGUGCCUGAGUGCUCGGACACACUGCAGAGCUUCAGCUGUGAACGAGAACUGACCCUCAAAUAUCAACUCCACCACCUCAGGCUCUGCAUGAAAGCUCUAGCUAUUUCAAAUAAGGUCGUAUUAAGAUGCAGCUCCACGGGCCUGUUAUUGCUUCAGCUGAAGUUAGAAAGGGACGACAACAAACACAUGUUCUCUGAAUUCUAUAUAGUGCCUUUACUUGACGACUGAUGUGAAUUGUAUUGAAAAGGAAACUCCUGUUAUUUUGUUA